AUGUCUCAGGGCCAAAAUCCAAUAAAGGCUUAUAUUUAUACAGCAAGAACUAACCCUGACCUAUUACCUCAAAACUUUUUCUACCAACUAAAAAAGCAGCAACCAUAUGCCUUAAAACGAAAUAGAACUCUUAAAAUUGAUUAUCUAAACAAGUCAUCACUAGGACCUAAACCAGUUGGCCAGAAAUUUUUGAGAUCUGCUAAAAAUGUGAAAUUUUCCCCUUUGCUUACUUAUAGAAGCCUUUCUCUUGACGCGUCAAUAUUAAAUUCUUCUGAGAUACUGACGGAUAGGAGCUUGAAAACAACAAAAGCAAGCCAUAUUAGAAGGAAAUCUGAGUUUCUUGAGCUAGGAACUCAGCCUGUAAAACCAUUUGUAAUUGAAAGUAAGAAACCAUUAAUAGAGGAAUAUGAAGUUUUCACAAAGGAAGAACAGAAGAAAGCAUUUCAAGAUUAUAAAAAGAUACAAGAUAGAAUUAUUAGAUUGUCAAGGUGCCGUUUAAAUUCAAAAUGGAUCCGCAAAUAA